CCAGGUACCGCGAGAUUAUUGAAAUAGAGCAAUGGAGAAGGGCUUUUGGACGCUUCGAUCUCCUUAGCUUUUCACAAUGGUUGCCCAAUUGCUUAUCCUCACCGUCGUGGCCGGCUUGGCCACCGUCGGACACUCGCUCCCCUCGGCUGCGCGACCGGCGCAAAUCAAGAGAGCGUUAGCUGAUGUGAGCAGUACCUACGACUACAUCAUCAUCGGAGGGGGCACAGCGGGCUUGACCGUUGCUAAUCGCCUGACCGAGGAUGCCAAGAAGAAGGUCCUUGUCAUCGAAAACGGAGAGCUUGGCGAUACCAUUGACUUGCUUCUUCCGAAUGCCACUUCGACGCUAUCUCAGAAUUCGCGUUAUAUGUGGAAUUUCACGUCCAUUCCCCAAACAAAGCUGAAUGGCCGGACUGACAAGGGAUAUGCUGGCAACGUUGUCGGAGGAAGCUCCAGCGUGAAUGGAAUGUUCAUGGAUAGACCAUCCAAGGCUGACCUCGAUGCUUGGGCUACGCUCGGUAACACAGGCUGGGAUUGGGCAGGCCUUCUGCCAUACUUCAAGAAAGCAACCAAGUUCACUACCCCCUCGGCACAGUCAAUCUCUUCGUACGGCUAUACCUUUGAUGCGAGCUAUUACGGUACUGGUCCUGUCCAAGCCAGCUAUCCUCCCUUUCAGUGGCCAUUUCAGAAAACAUGCCUUGAAGCCUGGAAAGACAUGGAUCUUCCAUUCAUUAGGGAGGGUGCGUCGGGCUCGAAAUCUGGCGUUCUAUGGGUCCCUAACACCCUCGAUCCCGUGAGUGAAACCCGGUCUUACGCCCGGACUGCGUACUACGACCCGAUUAAGACGCGUUCCAAUUACGCCCUUCUUUACAACACCAAUGUCCAGAAGCUUGUCUUUAGCGAUAGUGGGCCGUUGACAGCCAAAGGAGUUUUCGUCAAGAGCAAGGAUGGCAUGACAAAGACUAUUUAUGCAAAUAAAGAAGUAAUCCUCUCCGCUGGUACCUUCGGUUCCGCAUGGCUCUUGCAGCGUAGUGGCGUUGGACCAAAAGCGGUCCUGAACAAGGCGAAAAUCAAGGUUGUGCUCGACUUCCCUGGCGUGGGCCAAAACUUCCAAGAUCAGCCAAACUUUUUUGUGUUCUUUGCUUUAAACAACCAGCCAAUUCCAAACCCAGACUACUGGCGAGCGAAUGCCACUUACAACGCGGAGACUUGGCAAAAUUACACACAAAAUCAUGGGGGCCCUUACACUCUGGCUCUCGGAAAUAAUGCCGCCUUCAUGCCCAUUUCUUCCGUGGUCGAUGACGUUACAGCUCUGAUUAACGCUGCGAAAGCUCAGAGCCCGGCCCAGUAUCUUCCAUCGUCGUACACUCCGGAACUCAUCAAAGGAUUCAGCGCCCAGCUCAGCAUCUUGUUAAAGCAUUUUGCUCAUGACUCAUCGCCCGCAUUCGAGACUCCCUUCGCCAGCGGUCCUUUCCAGGCCAUGAGCGUCCAGAAACCCCUCAGCCGAGGCACUGUCAUGCUAAACACGACCGAUCCAUUUAAUUCGCAGCCUCUCAUCGACUACCGCACGAUGACGAAUCCUCUUGACAUGGACAUGGCAGUCGCUGCCUUCAGAUAUCUCAUCCAAUAUCUCAGCACUCCUGGAAUGCAAAGUCUCGGCCUUGUCUAUCAAGCACCUCUCCCAAGCAACCCGGCAAAUCUUACUGACGCCCAAAUCGUGGACCUAAUGAAAUCUUCACUCCUGGCUUCGAGCUUUGCUCAUCCAACGUCAACGUGCUCGAUGUUGCCGCAAAACAUGGGAGGUGUUGUUGGUCCGGACCUUUUGGUGUAUGGCAUCAAAGGGUUAAGUGUUAUAGAUGCUUCAAUUAUUCCGCUACUACCGUCGUGUCAUAGCACGCAGCUUACAUAUGCUAUUGCUGAGAAGGGAGCGGAUCUCAUCAAACAGAGGGCGUAGGCCAAGGUGUAAAGUCUACUCCAAAGUAGGAGAGUACAGGUUCGGAAAGGAAUGUACGACGAGCACAUGGAAUGACGGGAGCACAAACGUACAUACUGCAACUCUUUAUCAGAAGUUUAAUGGAUUAAUCGAUACUGUCAAUAUUUGUGGUUGUCACCGACGUGAGGUGGGCAUGGUGGGGUAUAUUUUCGCAUCUAGAGCAGGGCCAAUUGCCGGGAUAAUAGCGUGUGCUCUGUAGAUAGGCCCUUCUCAGGUGGGUGUGCAAGAAGGAUAUCUUAUGGUCGGCAGCCAAACACCGGGGCUUCUAUUGAAAAGUUUCCUGUUCUGCCGUCUCCUAAGCGCUCUCCAC